AUGUUGGAGGCUCAGGACCUGAGCGAUGGCUGCGAGCGCGGCAGGUGGAGCGCGAGCCCGAGCUGCUCCGCUCGGCAGAUGCUGGAAGUGCGGCCCGGGCUUUACCUAGGUGGUUCAGAGGCCGUCGCGGAGCUGGAUCAGCUAAGAGUGGCGGGCAUUACUGCCGUACUGACGGUGGACUCAAAGGAACCCGGCUUCAAGACAGGCGCUGAAGUCGAGGGUCUACGGUGCCUCUUCGUGCCAGCGUUGGACAAACCCGAGACCGACCUGCUCAGUCACUUCGACCGAUGCGCGGCCUUCAUUGGCCAGGCCCGUGCGGAAGGUCGCGCGGUGUUGGUACAGUGUCAUUCAGGAGUUAGUCGAAGUGUUGCUGUAGUUACUGCUUUUAUGAUGAAGACUGACCAACUUACCUUCGAAAAAGCCUAUGAAAACCUCCAGACUGUCAAGCCAGAGGCUAAGAUGAAUGAGGGCUUUGAGUGGCAGCUGAAAUUGUACCAAGCAAUGGGAUGUGAAGUGGAUACCUCUAGUCCAAUUUAUAAGCAAUAUCGUUUACAAAAGGUUACAGAAAAGUAUCCAGAAUUGCAGAAUUUACCUCAGGAACUCUUUGCUGUUGACCCAACCACUCUUUCACAAGGGUUGAAAGAUGAGACUCUCUAUAAAUGUCGAAAGUGCAGGCGAUCCUUAUUUCGAAGUUCUAGCAUUUUGGAUCAUACUGAAGGAAGUGGUCCUAUAGCUUUUGCUCACAAGAAAAUGACACCGUCUUUCAUCGUUAAAACAGGGGGUCAUGCUCAAUGUACAUCUUAUUUCAUUGAACCUGUACAGUGGAUGGAAUCCACUCUAUUGGGAGUGAUAGAUGGGCAGAUCUUUGAAACUACUAUGUUUGCUGUCAGAUUCUUUUUCAUUUCUUACUAA